UUUUCUUUUCUUGUGGGAAAUCAACGUUGUGCCAUCAGAAAUUCAAGGUAAACUUCUAUAAUUCAUCAUUCAAUGAAAAUCGAAGCUAUUCAUGUAAUAUUUUCACUGAAGCGCGAAGCUUUCUUGGAAGUUUUGCUUUCUCUUUCACAGCGACAAAGUUAUCGGUUUACGUAUGAUUCAUCCUACAACGGCUACAACCCAAAUAAAUCAACAUUUAUCAUUUAUUUGAAGGGAAAUCGUUGAAGGGUUAAAGACUUCGGAAUCUGAAAAUUGCGCGCCGCGUCAGCUCCUCCACCAGUCACGGGUGGCGCUGUCGGCGCCCCCCGUCAGCUGUUUUUUGUCAUUCGUGUGUGCGAAAGUGUGGAGAACGCGAAGAAACAAGAGAGAGAGAAAGACAAGUGGAGGAAAAGUGCUUGAAAGUGGAGUACAAAAUAAAUAGAGCUUCGAUUGAAUACGUAAAAAUCAGGGAGAAAUGAUUAAGAAGUCGAUUUGGCUAGUGAUGACCGUGAGGGAUUUGUGCGUCUGAUAGGCAUAGAGAGUCAUAAAUCAGUCUUCGCGAGAGGGUCUGCAGGCCACUCAGUGACACUAUCUAAUCGCGAGGAGAGGGCAGAAAAGUCAAGUGGCCAGGACAAUUGGAACGUCGUCACGGUCGCCACAAUGACACACAUGAGCAAAUUGGCGGGCAUUCCCAGCACCUGCAUUGAGUACAUGCAUCCCUGGACGGAUCACUGUGUGAAUGCCACUGCUGGGCUACUGCUGCAGUCGUGCAAGGAGUCCCUCCGGAUAUAUUCCGCUGUGUACUUGCUCUCUCUGGUUAUGCGAGGGAAGAUUCCCACACGCAAGGACAUCAAGCGGACGAUUCAGGGCAUGCUUCAGUCCACGGCAUUCCUCACCACAAAUGCCUUCACCUUCUCCAUGUUCGUGUGCCUCCUGCGGCGCUGGCUGGGCAAGCUUUACUUCCUCACAGUGGCAUUUGUGCCAUCGUGGCUGGCCAGUUUCUUCGCCAUCCUCGUGGAGCGUCCCUCGAGGCGCGGCUUGCUAUGUCUGUACGUCGCCAAUGUGGCCACAGAAACGUACUGGCGAAUGCUGGAAUCCCGCGGACUUGUGCAUCCCGUGAAGCAUGGACGAGUGAUGAUAUUCGGUCUGAGCGCCACUCUUCUGCUCUUCUACUAUCGCUCAGGCCUGCAUAAGACUCAGAAUGAUGGCCUGUUUGACAUCAUUCGCUUCGUGGUGGGCAAGAGCGAGGAAGCCCAGCCGCCUGAGGAAGCAGCAGCCGAACCACCGCGCCCUCGACCGAGCUUUCCCCUGGGCGACAGUCUCAGGGGCAUUCGCGAGAGGGUGAUAAACUUCCUGAGAACCCUUCCGAGGCACUUCUCAUGUCCCCACCGUGGCUCCUGCGCCUCGUACACACUCCACGGUGGCUCGAAGCUCUUCUGCGUGGGCCUGGGAUUGCAAUUGACGCUGUCACUAGUCUUCCAGAUGGGCAAGAUCAUCAGGAAUCCCGGCACAAUUAAGCGCAUCCUGAGAAGUCGCGAUGUGGUGAAGAUUGCUCUCUUCCUGGGCGGCUUUUCGGCCCUCUUUCGCGCCACUUCAUGCUCCUUGCGUCACCUGAUCGGCCGGGAUUCGCCUUUCCACGCAGUGCCGGCGGGAUUGCUGGCCAGCACGAUGUUUUCCCAGUAUCCAGACACCAGUGUCUGCCUCUAUAUCAUGUGGAAGAUGCUGCAGAUUACGUACAAGUUGGGCAUCGAGCGGAAGAUCCUGCCGCGAGUGCCUGGCGCCACUAUCUUUCUCUACUGCACCUUCACGGCCACUCUCUUCCACGCCGCCAUGGUGGAGCCGCUCAACUUGCGGCCCAGCUACUGGAAGUUCCUCCACUCACUCUCCGGUGGCCGAUCCGCCGUCAUCGACCGGGUGCCCAUCGACCAGUGGGGCCUCGACACGAGCCGAGCACUGAAGGAAGUACUCAGACGCACUCGCACAGACCAGAAUCUGAAGUUCCUUCUCUGAGUC